UGAAUUCCUUGUUCGAUGUCCGUCCAUCGUACUCCUUGUCAUUCUCCUGUUCGUCAUUACCACGGGGGUCAUUGGAUUUUGUCUCGGCCCUAUGCUUUCAUUCGAAGAUCCUACGCAGGGAUUUCAAGCUCGUGGAACAGUUAUCAGUGGGCGUGUCCGGGCAUUUCGACGGCUGACAGAAGAAACGCAGUUAUUCUUUCCAAACCCGAUGAACGACAAUUCUAACAUCAGUCGACGCAGUAUUUCAGAGACGCCAAGAAGCCGUAUAGAAAGAGAUUUACACAACGAAACAGCAGUCUGCAGUACCCAGCUUUCUGAUCGUCUUCGAAUGGUGUAUCGAUCCUAUGGCUCAACGAAUAUGUUCACGGCUGACGUCAUGAAAGCUGUGUGUGAACAUGACGCCACCAACUUUCGUAAUCAGGAUAUCUUCAACCAAUCGUGUGGAGUUUACACUUCAUCGGGAGACUGUUGUCCUACAUGGUCAUUGGGGCACCUUGUAGCCGUCAUCGUGGGAAAGGAUUCCUGCGAUGAGAUCGAAGAUAUUGACGUGGAAACCACGAAGACACUUUUGCAAGGUUGCGUCGCGUACUACACAGCUGGAUGCCUGGAUGUCGGCGCCACUUGCCAGAAUGUUCCAAGCAACUGUACAGAUCUAGGAAGCGUGUAUACGAUAUUUCAUUAUUUAACACCAAGUGGCUUUGUAGACGAUGUGAUGAAUAGCAGGCACGAGUUAGAAGUGACUCUCGUCCUGUCUCCUCUGUGGUGGGACAGUCAGGAGACACUGACCUUCUAUGAAGCACACAUGCGGACAUCAUCACUCAGAGGAAACUUCCUUGAGAUUAUAGCAAUAGGUUCAGGGAUUAAGUUGGACGUAUUCAACAAGGCUGCUAUUGCUGAUUCGUUAUUCAUCGCCAUCGGUUGCGUCUGUGUGAUUUUUAUUAUAUGGAUUUACGUCGGUUCUUUCUUUAUUACUAUUAUGACGUUUAUCAGUAUAAUUAUGUCAAUGGUCGUAGCAUUUUUCCUGUAUCACAUUGUAUACAGAGUGCCAUUUUUCCCAUUCAUCAACGUCAUAACCGCUGUUCUCAUCAUCGGGGUCGGUGCUGAUGACUGCUUUGUCUACGUUGACAUCUGGAAAGCCACAAAGAAGAAACUUCAUCUAGGAGGUAGCCGUGAAGACAUGAUACCAAUUGUCAUUGACACGUUGAAACAUGCAGUGACCACCAUGUUCGUCACCAGUCUCACAACGUCAUCCGCCCUGUUUGCGGGAGUCGUCAGCACAAUCACUGCACUGAGAUGCUUCUCGGUUUUUGCCGGAAGUGCAAUCCUGGUCAACUUUGUGAUGACCAUGACCUGGAUACCUGCUGCCGUUAUGAUUCACGAGAAUUACUUCCUGCGGGAAGAUAGCAACAAUAAGACAAAGACCAAUGCUUUGUUCUAUUCAGUGAAAUGGUUUUACAAUGUUGUUGCCGAGAUUGGCAGAGAGGUCUUUGAACUUUAUUUACCUUUUGUGAUUAACAAGUGUCGGUUUCUUUGGAUAAUCAUUUUCAGUGGCCUUGGUAUAGGGGGAUUUUGUGUUGUUUUUGUCGCGCCUUCUCUGCGGCUUCCAUCUCAGUCUGAAAUACAAGUAUACAAAAUCAGUAACAUUUUUGAGCAAUACGAUCAAAUUUAUAAAGGAUUGUUUCGUUUCGAAGGCGAUUCAUCCACUUUGAUGCCUGCAAUCAUUGUUUGGGGUGUAGAACCUGUUGACAAUGGCAACCAUUGGGAUGUUGAUGGAGAAGGAACUACCGUUUUGGAUGAAUCGUUUGAUCCAACGUCAUCAGAAGCACAACAAUGGUUGUAUGAUCUCUGCAUAGACUUCAAAAAUUCAAGUUUUCACGACACCAGCGCGGAGGCAGAAGACGAAUUCUGUUUCAUUGAUGCUUUUCGAACCUUUAUGGAAGAUGAUACUUGCAUACACCCUUUGACAGGCGAGGACCUGAAUCAUUGUUGCAAUCAUACUUCAUUUCCAUAUUCAAGUGAUCUGUUUAGCCAAUGUGCAAUUACUUUCACCGAUAUACGAUGUCAACUCUACGGUUGUGAGUCCAAUUCACCGGGUUUGCGUUUCAAUUCUGAUCAAGAUAUCGUUGCAAUGUACAUUUACUCUAAGACAAACAUCGAAGAAUCAGAGGGGUUCACCACAAUGAGUCAGUUCUGGGAAGACUUAAAUGGCUGGGCCGAAGAUCGAAUGAGCUCGGCUCCAUCAGGUCUGGAAAGAGGAUGGUUUAUAAGUGUGUCCAACCGGCAGAUGUCUUUCUUUGAUCUGCAACAAGGUCUCGCUUCAGGGGCCACUCUGUCAGUUGGUGUUUCCCUCGGGGUUGCUGCAGGUGUGCUUCUUCUAUCUAUACGGAACAUCUUGGUGACUUUGUAUGCUAUCUACUCAAUUUCGUGUGCUGUCUUUGUUGUCAUUGCGUCUGUCGUUCUCUUGGGAUGGGAACUAAACAUAGUUGAGUCAAUUGUCCUUUCCUUAGCUGUUGGCCUGUCGGUUGAUUUUACAAUCCAUUUAGGCGUUGCCUAUCGUCAAUCAACUGCAUUUGACCGGAAAUCACGAUCAAUGCACGCCCUUCGUUCCCUCAGUGCUGCCAUUACUCUAGCUGCCUUCAGUACCUUCAUAGCAGGUGCGUGUAUGCUACCUGCCACAGUUCUUAGUUAUGUGCAGCUAGGGACUUUUCUUACACUUGUCAUGGCAAUCAGUUGGGUUUACGGAAUAUUCCUCUUCAUAUCUCUUUGCCGAACGAUAGGCCCAGAAGGUAUGUUUGCCCAAUUAUCACGAUCGUGUUGUCGACGAAACCCUCGUGUAGCCCCAGAACAGAAGGACUGUGUAAUUGAGCACAUUUCAGUUAAGCCUCCUAAAAACGAAGGUGUAAGCCUGGGUACAAAGGAACCAGUCACUUGAGGCAGACAAUAAAAGUCAAAACUUGCAAUUAUUCUUUUUUCUGGAACUAGCCAUACACAUAUACCUUUAUGAUCCGAGGGCACGAGUCAUCCACUAAUUCGAUUACACUCGACUCGGCAGAUCUUCCCUAAAUGCCGAAAUUGAUAAACGUUGAAUGACUGAUGCUAAUCUGCUUGUCUAGUGAACCUUGGGGGUGAAUAUGGUGAAAUUACAAGCUCUAGAUAUCCUAUCGGUGAAAUUUCACCAUUCUAAUGGAUUUGGUAGCUUAACUUUUCUCUUUUUAAAUGCUUUCACUUGCGAGUUUUCGCACCGGGACGCAAAACGCUUUCAAGAACUUAGAAAAUGACGUGAAAAUGCCCGUCAAAUCACAAUAAACAGCCGGGAGGCCUUUGUCUACAAUUGGUGAACUGUUUCGUUCUAAGUUAUGGAGCUGAAGAAAAAUAUGGCGUAUGUUUACAGUCCAGAACAAAACUGCACUUUGGGUUCACACAUUUUCGACAAAGACUUGGUUGCUCUUUCCUUAUUUCGACAAUACAUUUUCUAUGUCCUUGAAAGCGUUCUGCGUCCAGGUGCGAAAACUCCUUAUUGUUGAGUGACCAACUCGUCUCUCUGGUGAUGCUGAUUGUGAAACUUUUUUUCUUACCACAAGGGAAACGCGCCUUGUAUUGUAUUAUAUUAGUACUACACAGAGAUAGUCGAGGAAUUGAAAAAAAGUUAGAAACAUGUGGUUAUUUGUAGCCUAAAAAGCAAAGAGCUUAAUUUCAUUUAGUGUUGUUGAUGCAAUAGGGUUGAUAAAUAUCUUGUUAUAAAUCUAUUUCUUACAUAUAGGGAGUUGAAAUUGAUACUGUUUGUUUUCUAAAUGAAUAUACAUAUAUAUAUAUAUAUAUGUGGCAUCUACGUCGUAAAUUAUAUACAUAUACACACACACACACACACAUUAGGGUUUUUUGGCAUUAUAGCGAGUAGUACUGUUAAUUUACGACGUAGAUGCCCAUAUUGGAACAAUUAAAAUUAUCUGCAUAGUCGAUUAAUAGUUGAAAUUGGGUUCAGUUUUCAGAUCACUUUCAGAUACCAUCAUGUAUAGCUUGAGGUCGCCCAAUAUUUCCUUCUUCAAAAAGAUACGGCUUUAUAUUAGGGUUCCGACAAAGUAUCUACUUCAUGCAGGGGGGGGGGGGGAAGUACAAAUUAGAGUCGGUAUAUCUAUUCCAUUUGUUUGUGUGGUUUUUUGUUGUUGUUAAGUUAGGGGCAGUUCAAUGGCACAGGGUGCAGAAUUUGAUCAAUUUCGUUCAACACAUUUUUUUACAAGUU